AUUUACACGUGACGAUGCAGGCAUUUAGUAACCUGCUGGGAAAGGAAACAGGACAUUGGGUCAGCUGUCCAAAAAACAAAAAAUGAACUAAAAAAUUGCAUCAUUGUUUAAGAGAUGCUCCGUGGCAUCUCAUUUGGACUCAUUUGGCACCACGCUGUUGUUAUCUUUGAAGGCUGUGGUCAGUCCAGUGCAAAAGCCAUGUCGUUCACCUAUGUCUUCGAAGAGGGUUUUUUUGACCAGAAUGAAACCGUCCCGCUCUACGUGAAUCCAAACACGUUAGCAUGUGAACUAAAACCACUGAACCCCACAGCAGCUGUGACCCUGUGUCUCGUCCUCGCAGCCAUCUUCUUACUGGCGAUACCAGGAAAUCUGCUGGUUGGAUGGGUGAUCGGCACCAGCAGACAGCCGUUGACUCCAUCAGAUGUCUACUUGCUUCACCUGACAGUAGCAGACGGUCUGAUGGCCCUGUCGCUCCCGUUCUUUGCGGUGUCAGUGGUCCGAGGUUGGGUCUUUGGAGACUUCAUGUGCAAGCUCAUCAACCUCAUCUUUGACGCCAACUUCUACACCAGCAUCAUCUUCCUGGCUUGCAUUAGCAUCGACCGUUACCUUGUGAUUGUUCGUGCCAAUGAGAACCUCUGGAGUCGCAAGAGGAUGUGCAGCAGGUUCCUCUGUGCAGCAGUGUGGGCCCUCGGUUGCGCUCUUGCUCUGCCUGCUCUUUUCAACGACGCCUUCAGGCUUGAUCCAGACACAGACAGGAUGGUUUGCUCUGAAAAAUUUGACAUUGGCAGUGCCAUCUUAUGGAGGCUCAUCACUAGGGGGUUCCUCCAUGUUUUUGGCUUUUUGGUCCCUGUGACUGUCAUGAUAGCCUGCUACAGUGUCACCAUCUGGAGGCUGCUGUACACCCGUGGCUUCCAGAAGCAUCGCGCCAUGCGAGUGAUUAUCGCUGUGGUGAUUGCAUUUCUGCUCUGCUGGACACCAUACCAUAUAACCAUGGUGGUGGACUUAUUGAUGAGGGCUGAUCUGAUUCAGUUUGACUGUGCUUUGAGGAUGUCAGUAAACAAGGCUUUGCUUAUAACCAAUGGCCUGGCUCUGCUCCACAGCUGCAUUAACCCUUUCCUCUAUGCAUUUGUCGGGGAGAAGUUCAAGAAAAAGAUGACGCUGCUUCUUCACAGGAAACUCAGACAGGAAAGGAUGUCAUCAGGGUCGAAGUUUAGCAGGUCAUCAUCUCAGACCUCAGACGGCGGAGCUGUUUUCUGAACCCUUGUUGGACUUUUUCUCCACACAGUAGCGAGGCUUUUUAGUACAGGAAAAAAGAUCCAAUUCAUGACAGGAAUGAAAAUAAGAAAACAAAGAUUAGUGUCUCUCGCUGAGGCACUUUGAUUUAAAAUAAAUGGUAUUUUAGUGACAAAUUUACAGUGACAUGGCUGACAUACUGAUGUUUUCACUAUACAGGAAACAGAAAGCAGGUGUCACAAACUAAAUACGGUAGAUUGCUUAUCAGGCGCAAAGUAAGAUUAAUUAUGAUAAUGUAGAUUGUUGUUACUCUUUAUAAUGAAGUAACUGUCAUGUAAAGUUGGAACAGCAGUAGAUAUCAGUGUACUUCAGUGCUCUCGCUCAUAGUCUACCUUUGAUUAUGUGAUCCACUGCUGCCAUCUAUUGUCAUUACUCUGAUGAUGUUUUUCCAGCCUUUCAGUUGUCCUUUGAGCUUCCUUUCCGUCCAAGAACCGAAAGAUGACAUCUAAUAAAGCUCUUCUAUGCAUUUCAUGCUUUUAUAUGUUUUUAGUCAAACAAUUUUUCAUAUGUAAAUGAAAUGCACCAAAAAGAAUUCCACCCUUCACUCUGUUGUAUGGGCCCCCAAUUCUUCAGAACUAUGUUUGAGUUUAUUUAUAUUAACCAUACAUGUAUACAUCAUAGCACUGUACAGACUAUAAAAUUAAUAUUGCUAUCUCCUUAGUAAAAAUCCAAAAAUGUUUCAAAUGAUUUUCACAUGUCAUGUUCUGAUUAAUAAAUACGUAAAAAUAAAUAAAAUGCUUUGCGGGUUUUCCA